AUAUACACACACAUACAAUAUAUAGAACUAGAGAGAGAGCUUUUGAAGAGAGAAAUUAAAAGAGAAGAGGGAAGCGCAUGUGUUUUGUUAGAAAAUUCACGAGAUAAAGGAAGAUAUAUGUGAAAAAAUAUAAUAUAAAAAGGGCAGUUGAGAUUAGCUAGGCUUAUCGCAUGUUUGCUUCACGCAAACAGCUAAAUGUGGGGGGAGGGGGGUUUGCUCUCUCGCGUGGCUUUAAAGACUUCUUAUAGCGUUUUAAAUCCCCCAUUAAAAUAACCAUCACCAUCCCAGACACCAAAAAACCAACACCCACCAGACCCAAACCCUAAAACACACAUCCCUUCUUCUUUUCCUUCUCCCUUCCAUCUUUUUCACCUUUUUCAACAUCUAGAACAACUCCACAAGCCCUAAUCAUGGGACAUGUUAUAGUACUUUAAAAAGGAAAGAAAGAACAAAUUAAAAAAGUUCCAAUCAUGAGUGCAAAGCCUAGCAGUAGCGGUGGCAGUGUUGGCGGUGGUGCUGGCAGUUGCAGUAGUGGUGGUGGUGGUGGUGGGGGUGGACCUUGUGGCGCGUGCAAGUUUUUGAGAAGGAAAUGUGUGCCUGGUUGUAUAUUUGCUCCUUAUUUUGACUCGGAGCAAGGCGCAGCCCAUUUUGCAGCGGUGCAUAAGGUUUUUGGGGCAAGCAACGUAUCAAAGCUGCUUCUUCAUAUUCCUGUUCACAAACGGCUUGAUGCCGUGGUUACCAUAUGUUACGAGGCUCAGACUCGGCUAAGAGAUCCUGUUUAUGGCUGUGUUGCUCACAUCUUUGCUCUCCAACAACAGGUAGUGAAUUUGCAAGCAGAGCUAUCGUACUUACAAGCCCAUUUAGCCACACUAGAGCUACCAUCACCCCCGCCGCCUCCACAGCCACAAACGCUAAUGGCACCGCCUCCUCUCUCAAUAUCAGACCUCCCAUCAGCCUCUUCAGUGCCAGCCACAUACGAUUUAUCGUCACUUUUUGAUCCAAUGGUGCAACCUUCAUGGGCCAUGCAGCAGAGGCAAAUCGAUCCACGCCAAUUUGGAGGGAGCGGCUCAUCAUCAUCAACUGGUUGCGGCGAUCUUCAAGCCCUGGCUCGUGAGCUCCUCCAUAGACAAGGGUCUCCGCAACUGCCAUGCACCGAUGCUUCAUCAUCACCAUCUCUCUCAAAGUGAGAUUGACCCUUCCCUUAGUAUAUACUUGCCUUGAAAUCUCUCUUGAUCCAUACUAGCUGGCAAGGGAGCUUAGUUUUAAUGUUAUAUUUCAUUGGGCAAGUAACCUUAAUAACUAAUCUUGUUAUAUUUUUUUUCCUUCUAUAUUUAUUUUUGUUCCUCCGCUUUUACUCCUUUUCUUCAGAUACCAGUGAAAUUCAACUUUACUGUAUCUUAAAAAAAAAAAACUAUUUUCUGCUUCCAUAAAAAAAAAAAAAAUCCUGCAUUCAACGAGGAUCAUGUUUCUCACUAUAUCAAAACUUUUUUGGUGCAAUAACAGAAAGAAAC